GCGCAUGCGUACUUCAAAGACAACGUCUAGCGCCAUGGCGGAUGAGAUAGCAAAAGCUCAGGUUGCCCAGCCCGGCGGUGAUACAAUCUUCGGCAAAAUCAUUCGCAAGGAGAUUCCUGCAAAAAUAUUAUUUGAAGAUGAUCAGUGCAUAGCCUUCCAUGAUGUUACCCCACAGGCCCCUACUCAUUUUUUGGUUGUCCCAAGAAAACCAAUUGUGCAACUGUCAAAAGCAGAGGACAGUGAUGCGGCUCUCCUGGGCCACAUGAUGAUAGUGGCCAAGAAGUGUGCCGAGCAGAUCGGCCUGCCCAAGGGCUACAGGCUGAUCUUGAACGACGGGCCCGACGGUGGCCAGUCCGUCUACCACAUCCACAUCCAUGUGAUGGGCGGACGCCAGUUGGGUUGGCCCCCCGGCUAACUGUCCACACAGACCGUCUACCGGCCUGACUACCAUCCGUCAUCUCUUUAACCCCAAAUAGUCCAAUGCUGUCCCGAUGCAACUUAUUUCACUGUCAGUCUGUCACGUAGACCUACUACUUAUUUCACUGUCAGUCUGUCACGUAGACUUAAUGUGAUGAUAUAUCAAUGGUAAAUAAAUGCACUUCACAAGCC